AUGUCAAACCUACAGAGCUUGAAACAGCUUCUGGAGGAGGAGAGUCGUUUACCAUAUUACGCGUCGGAGGAGAUGGGGGUGGAUGGGAAAGACUUGAAUACAGAGAACAUCGCGGAAGAGAUGCCUCCUUGGGACUCCGAAGACGCAAGGAAUUCUGCGCUGACGGGAAAGGAGGACGUAAUUGCGCGUCUUCUCAAUGACAUUAUGACGACCCCCAAGCGCUCGUGGAGCCGGUUCAAGAAGGGUGGACUGAGAAGCUGCUUCGGCGUCAGGCUAGAGCGAAUUGGGUCAUUCAGUGGGCUUGGAUGCUAA